AAACGCUUCGUAAUAUCAUAGUCUACCUUUUCUUUUUUUUGGAAGCAAAGAUUAGGGGAUGACUCAAAUAGGAACAUGUCUCCUGUUUUUUAGCGGAUUUCUGCUAAACACAGGAAAUUCAUAUUCCUCAAGUAAUUGCUUCGAUGGCGGAAAUCGGACGGCGAUGGACUUGGUUUACUGUGUCGAGAACCAAAUAAAUUACAGUAAAGCCAGUAGACCCGCAAGGACAAACACCUCUGUUGAGAAAACAACCGUCAUGGUAGAUGUAGCUGUUUUGGCCUUAGGAAUCAAUGAAGCUGCAGGGGAGUUCUCACUUGAUAUCUUCCUGCGCCAAGGGUGGCAUGAUCACGCUCUCACAUAUGACGCCAUUCGCUACAACAAGACAAAGGAAUUCACAGUGUUUAAAGUAAGCCACCUGAUUAUUAUUACGCUCUCACAUAUGACGCCAAGACCAUUCGCUACAACAAGACAAAGGAAUUCACAGUGUUUAAAUAAGCCACCUGAUUAUGAUUACGCUCUCACAUAUGACGCCAAGACCAUUCGCUACAACAAGACAAAGGAAUUCACAGUGUUUAAAGUUGACCUGAUCGAGAAAAUCUGGACGCCUGACACUUAUAUAGACAACAGCAAAGACAUUCGCACUAAAUACGGCCACGGAGCGCUGACAAACGAGGGGCUGAGAAUCUACCCUGAUGGCAGGGUCUUUAGAAGUACAAGACUAAGCAUGUCACUGUACUGCCAAAUGGAAUUUCACUGGUUUCCUCUCGACAUUCAGGACUGCUACUUGAACAUAUCAAGCUACUUUCACCCCGCGGAGCAUCUUGUGUACCACUGGAGACAUCUGUCAAUAGACAAUCAGAUCAAGAUACCAAAGUUUGAGCUCAGCAAAGUACUACGUUGGGAGAAUUUGCUAAAAUUCUCUACUGGUAAUUUCUCUGCGCUGACGGUGGGUUUCAGGUUCCGACGAGAGGUGUACUACUAUCUGUUCAGGUUUUAUAUCCCGGCCUCUCUCACUGUUGUCAUGUCCUGGGUCAGUUUUUGGAUAUCGCCCUUAGCGACUCCGGCGAGGAUCUCAUUGACGAUUAUCACAGUUCUAGCGAUGGCGGGGUUUUUGAUCGGCGAUCAUCCGGAUUUCCCCAAGUCUUCGUACGCAAGGUCCUUUGACGUGUACAUGAUGAUGUGCUUUGUGUUCGUGUUUGGUUGCCUCGUGGAGUACGCUGCGGUCCAUUACUUGCUAAGAGACGAUAAAUACAACAAGAAGAAUGACAUCAACAGAAAUCCAAACUUAAACAAGAUAGCCCCAGCAACUCCAAGCGCUGAAACGGCCUUGAGUACACAAUCAACAGAUCAAUGUACAAACCGGUCAGUCAAGCUUAACACAAACGAGUCAAACCGGAUUUCUGCGACAAGAAACGGCUGGAGAGACAACUCAAGUAUGGAUGUCGAGCAGGCCUGGGGACCACCAAGAGAUCCUCCUAAAGCUUCUUGUUUAUCCUCAUUGCGCAGGCGCCUUAAAGCCAAACAAAUAUCAGGGAAACUGGACGAAAUAUCUCGAAUACUAUUCCCUGUGAUGUUUAUCUUGUUCAAUACGGUCUAUUGGGUGCUCAACCUUAAUAUGAACCACACGUCGUAUUUCCCUUCUGAUCCAAAUGUGUAUCACGUGACUUUAUGACCAUGCGCACUACAUGAACUAGAUGUUGUAUUUCCCUUCCGGUCCAAACGUGUAUCAUGUGACUUUACGACCAUGCGCACUACAUGUAUUGGAUGUCGUAUUUCCCUUUCGGUCCUAAUGUACAUCAUGUGACUUUAUGAGCAUGCGCACUACAUGUACUGGAUGUCGUAUUCCCUUCCGGUCAUAACGUGUAUCACGUGACUUUAUGAGCAUGCGCACUACAUGUAUUGGAUGUCGUAUCCCCUUCCGGUCCUAACGUGUAUCACUUGACAUUAUGAGCAUGCGCACUCCAUGUACGCUGGAUGUCGUAUUCCCUUUCGGUCCUAACGUGUAUCGCGUGACAUUAUGAGCAUGCGCACUACAUGUAUUGGAUGUCGUAUUCCCUUCCGGUCCUAACGUGUAUCACAUGACUUUAUGAGCAUGCGCACUACAUGUACUGGAUGUCGUAUUCCAUUCCGGUCCUAACGUGUAUCACGUGACAUUAUGAGCAUGCGCACUACAUGUAUUGGAUGUCGUAUUCCCUUUCGGUCCUAACGUGUAUCAUGUGACUUUAUGAGCAUGCGCACUACAUGUAUUGGAUGUCGUAUUCCCUUCCGGUCCUUACGUGUAUCACGUGACUUUACGAGCAUGCGCACUACAUGUAUUGGAUGUCGUAUUCCCUUCCGGUCCUAACGUGUAUCACAUGACAUUAUGAGCAUGCGCACUACAUGUACGCUGGAUGUCGUAUUCCCUUACGGUCCUAACGUGUAUCACGUGACUUUACGAGCAUGCGCACUACAUGUAUUGGAUGUCGUAUUCCCUUCCGGUCAUAACGUGUAUCAUGUGACUUUAUGAGCAUGCGCACUACAUGUACGCUGGAUGUCGUAUUCCCUUACGGUCCUAACGUGUAUCACGUGACUUUAUGAGCAUGCGCACUACAUGUACGCUGGAUGUCGUAUUCCCUUACGGCCCUAACGUGUAUCAUGUGACUUUAUGAGCAUGCGCACUACAUGUACGCUGGAUGUCGUAUUCCCUUACGGCCCUAACGUGUAUCAUGUGACUUUAUGAGCAUGCGCACUACAUGUACGCUGGAUGUCGUAUUCCCUUACGGUCCUAACGUGUAUCACGUGACUUUAUGAGCAUGCGCACUACAUGUACGCUGGAUGUCGUAUUCCCUUUCGGUCCUAACGUGUAUCAUGUGACUUUAUGAGCAUGCGCACUACAUGUAUUAGACGUCGUAUUCCCUUCCGGUCCUAACGUGUUUCACCUGACUUUAUGAGCAUGCGCACUACAUGUACUGGAUGUCGUAUUCCCUUCCGGUCCUAACGUGUAUCACAUGACAUUAUGAGCAUGCGCACUACAUGUAUUAGACGUCGUAUUCCCUUCCGGUCCUAACGUGUUUCACCUGACUUUAUGAGCAUGCGCACUACAUGUAUUGGAUGUCGUAUUCCCUUACGGCCCUAACGUGUAUCACAUGACAUUAUGUGCAUGCGCUUUACAUUUAUUCGGCGCUCACCCUCAAUAUGAACGCAUAAAUAUAUAUCUAACAUAUAUUUUAUUAGAAAUAAAAAAAAGUAAAAAGAUGCAGUUGCAUAUGAUG